CCGUUUUCCUGUUUAGUUUCCAGCGCAAUGGCGGCGGUGCGACUUUUCCUCAGAACUUCAGGCGUCAAGUCUUCAUUCACUGGGUUAACCGGGGGAGUGCACAGUAGUUUGGGGAUAACACUGUCCACUGACUACACAUCCAAGACGAAAACACAGAGAAGACAUGCUGCGCACUUCACCUAUUACCCUGACCCUGUGCCCACCGAGUAUGGCCCGACACAGAAGAUGAAUUUAUUCCAGUCUAUAACCAGUGCCUUGGACAACACUCUUGCAAGUGAUCCCACUGCAGUAAUAUUCGGUGAGGAUGUGGCAUUUGGUGGAGUAUUCCGAUGCACGGUUGGCCUCCGAGAUAAAUAUGGUAAAGACCGUGUAUUUAACACGCCACUGUGUGAACAAGGCAUUGUGGGAUUCGGGAUUGGUGCAGCUGUUGCAGGAGCCACCGCUAUCGCAGAGAUUCAGUUUGCCGACUACAUUUACCCAGCAUUUGAUCAGAUUGUAAAUGAAGCAGCCAAGUAUCGGUACCGUUCGGGGAACAUGUUUGACUGUGGAAACCUGACCAUCAGAGCUCCGUGGGGUUGUGUGGGUCACGGCUCACUUUAUCACUCCCAGAGUCCAGAGGCCUUCUUCGCUCAUUGUCCUGGAAUUAAGAUUGUUGUGCCGAGAGGCCCGGUUCAGUCCAAGGGUCUUCUUUUGUCCUGUAUUGCUGAUAAAAACCCCUGCAUCUUUUUCGAGCCAAAAAUCCUGUACAGAGCAGCAGUGGAGCAAGUCCCAACAGAAGCCUAUCACAUCCCACUCUCACAGGCUGAAGUCCUUCUGGAGGGCAGUGAUGUCACACUGGUCGCUUGGGGAACACAGGUACACGUGAUGAGGGAAGUGGCUGGCAUGGUGCAGGAGAAGCUGGGUGUCUCCUGUGAACUCAUUGACCUGCAGACUAUUUUGCCUUGGGAUGCAGAGACUGUUUGUAAGUCGGUGGUGAAGACUGGUCGGCUGCUCAUAAGUCAUGAAGCUCCUGUGACCGGAGGCUUUGCAGCAGAGAUCAGCUCUACUGUUCAGGAGGAAUGUUUCUUGAACUUGGAGGCGCCUAUCAGCAGAGUGUGUGGUUAUGACACUCCUUUCCCGCACAUCUUUGAGCCCUUCUACAUCCCUGACAAGUGGAAAUGCUUUGAAGCUGUCAAACGUAUGAUCAACUACUAAAACACAGAUGACACAGAUCAAGAACAUGAAAAUCUUUCUCCUCUAUAUCAGUGAGCAAACCAGACAAUGAAAACCUCACCAACACAGCUAAUUAGGUUGCCACCUGUAGAAGGGGCCAUGUUACCAGACUGGCUGCUGGGAAACUUCAGAUAACAACCUGGAUCUUUUAUCUAGAGAAUGUCAUUGGUCACUGGAUGAAAUGUCUUUACUUACUGUAUCUAGUCCUUAAAUGUCCUCUUGUACUCUUGCUGUUGUACGCUUCCUGUUACCUUGAUAUCACCAUCUUCCAUUUUGUUUUGUUUUUUCUUAUUAUGUUUAUUUGGGAGUCAGCUAAUUAAAUGGCUGGUUUUGCAGUGAUACUGUUUCUGUCUACAGUUUACAAUGAAUAUGUGUAGCAUCUCCUUUCUAAAAGCUUAGUUUUAAUUGGGCAAAUAGGCUCUGUUUCAAAACCUAGUAAGCUGCAUUUCUGGCGGGUCUCUACAUAAACCGCUUAUAUGAAAUAGCUGAUUUGGAUGUUCUACAUAGGUAGCGGCUCUCUCAACAGUCACUCAUGCACAUCACACAGAUAACACUCCCCGCUUGCAGCACAUGAUAGAAUCAAGUUACAAUUGAUUCCAAAUGAAGUGGCUAAGCUAAAGACUUGAUACACUUAUAAGCACAAAAAUAUAUAGCACACAUAAAUAUUGGGUGAUAUAGUCAGGGUUUAAUUAUAUUUAACCAUUUUUAUUGAUAACUCUUGGUGUUGAUUGGAAUACAAGUAUAUUUAUAAUCAACUUUUCUCUUGGCUCCAUUCUUCACAAUGCAUUAUGGAAUUGCCCAUCAUGUAUCUAUGAAAGAUAUAUGCAGUGUUGCCUUAACAUUUGGCCAAAGUAAGACUGCAUAAUUUUGAUGUGAAAUUUUUGGAAAAACCAGACACCAUGACCUAACCAGUCAGGUAAUUUAAUCAUACAAACAAAACCCGGUCAACAACUUCUGGGGCGUGUUGAAGCGGGUUUCGCCCAGGGCACCAAACAAGCUAGAACUGCUACUGCUGAUAGCACUUUUUUGAUGUGUGUUUACAUCUGGAAGACAUAUUAUUUUUAGACAUUUAGAAUGUUUGUUAAUCUGAUCUUGUCAAGAUGUUUAGCAGAUGUUAAUUAGAAUGUGAAACAGACAUCUCUGAGAUGUACGUGUACUGAGCCCCCAAGAGGACAGGGUGGGAAUUUUAUUUUUUCUUAAGUAGUUUAGUGAAGACAAUGUUUUCUGAGAUUGAUGCAAUCACAGAUUCAGGCAAAGUUUAGUUGUAAUUUCAGAGGCUUAUGUAUAAAUCUUAUUUGUUAAGAUUUUUUUUUUUAUGAAUUGUUCGAAAGGAUAAAUCAUUAACAAAACGUAAACAUUUUAAAUUUACAAUGAACAAAUAGCCAAAACCUAUGUAACAAACAAAGUCAGUUUAAGGUAGCUACUAGUAUUAUGCUGUUUAAUCUCAAUACAACUUUUCUAACAUUAGCUUUGUGGGGUAGCUUUUUGUUUGAGCUUGAUCUGUGCUGUGAUGUCACAAUUGAGUUGCAUUGUGGUAUACAGGCUUGCUCCCUUGGUCAAAAUCGAGGAGUUGAGGGUCUGUCAGCAGAAACCUCCCUCGCCCACUUGGCAAAGUG